ACAUCCGCGGCUUACUCCACAUUAAUCCCAUCCAUGUCGUAAUGUUUGUCAAUUCUGCAUGUUCGUGGUGUUGUGUUGCUGUGUUUUUCUGACAAGAGGCGGUUCGCACAAGUGGAAGUGCGUACUUUGACGUCUUUGAUGCUAAAUAGACAGAGUGUGGUACAGGAUCGUGACUGAAGUCUCAAAGUUAUAUAGAUCCAAGAGCCUGCUAAGCCUUUGAACAACUUCAGGUUAUGGACUAACCUUCACAAGCAAGGCAGCAAAUUAUGGCUCUGGAGAUGUUCUAUGGCAACACAACCCCCAUGCUUGAGUUGUCGUUAACAACCCCUGAAAAUGGCACAGUUUCCCCUCCUGCAGUAAUCAUUCCUGUACCGUUCUGCAAGGCUGUCCUAUAUCAUGAAAUUCCAGGAUCACGUGUACGUGCAUGGGACCUGAGCAUUUUAGUUCCACAUGUGCUGUUUGUGCUCUUCAUGGCUGUGCGAUUUAAUCGGGCCCGUCUCAAGCUGCGUGCCACCAGCAGUCCCAUCUUCUCCACUUUCUAUGUUCUGGUGUCUUUGAAUGCAGUAACCAGUGUGAUACGCUGUGUUGUGUCGAUGAGCGUGAGUGCAGCACUGCCUGUUGGUGGUACGGCAGAUAAGGUGCUAUGGGUAGGCAGUACGUUUUUCCUGCUUUCUACAGAAAUGAGUGUGCUCAUCUUUGGACUUGCAUUCGGUCACUUGGACAGUCGGACGAGUAUCCGCAGGGUGUUAGCUGUCACCUCUCUCGUUGCCUUUGUCUACUCCGGGACGCAGGGAGUCCUAGAGCUUGACCUACCAGAUGAAAAGUUUUACGUCCCUGACAGAAACUUUGAGCUGUUUGGUCAUGGUGGCAUGCUCUUCUGGUUCGUCAGUUCAUCUCUCUUUGCAGCGGUGUACUUUGUGGUGUUCUCCCUUCCAUGGACUGGACUACGAGAACGAGUAGCGCUGCCCUCCAAGAGGAGUUUCUAUUGGUACACCCUCUUCCUUGCAUUGCUAAACUUGGUGCAAGCGGUUGGCUCAGGCCUCUAUUACUAUGAUGUCGCUGAAGGGCUUUGCAUGGUGGAUGUCACCAGCUACAUCUACUUCACCGCGUUCACACCACUUGUGUACAAGACAUUCUUGGCAGAUUUCUUUAGCAUUUCGCAGCCCAGUAUCCUGUUCUCAUACAAGGCACAGACUGAUGAUGCUGUGGAGGAGGAUGAUGUCAGCCUCCCACACCAACUUUCCUGUUCCUCACUCAAGACAGACUCGGACUACAUUUACCAGAACACAUCAGCAUAUGACAGUACCCACUUCGAUACAACCAAUGUGAACCCCCUGUACGUACAGUCACUACAGUCACCAGAUAGCAUCGUGGGCUUCGAUACCGGGGUGUACAACCGAUGCUACCAGGUGAAUCCUACUAGUGGGGGCUCGUGACCAUUGCAGACAAUUUACAAGCAACCCAGAAGGAACCUUUGGAAAGAAUACGCUGGUCUUGUGACACAUCUUGCAUUUUCACCCUGGAGUCACCAAAGAGCAUGAUAUUGGUCAUUGUUCAGUGCCGCUAACAAGUGCAAAAUGAUGGCCACAUUCCCUUGUGACGCGCUUGGACCGAAAAAAUAAUUGCAGCACAGAAGACACACGAAAAGGUAACACUCUCUUUAAGGUGAGGCAAAACAUAUGUGUUAUCUGAGACAAACAACUGAACUUUUGGAUAGGUGUUUUGGAUAGGGAGCACCCUAUCAACAUCCAAAGAUGUUUGUUCAUCCUUUCUCUUUUUUUUUUAUAGAAAAUUAGGUAUUGCGUGUUAUAAUAGAUGUACUGCCAAUGCAUAUCCGUCAACAACAACAAAAAAUAAUUGACACACAUGUGAAAGCAGGAUUGCUGACCUAUGUUCCCUUGUUUGUCCAGUCACCAAAUAACAUGAAUCACAUAUCCUGUGUGCCACCUCUUGACCAAUCUGAAAAUUGCCUUGUGACAUCCAAUCAUGGCCCUACAUGCAUUGCUGUGCAGUCUGUCAUUGGAUUAUCUAAAGUAGGCUAAUUUGGUUCCUCAGUUGUCAUCGAAGAUAAACAAAAUUGUGUUUGUUCAGGAAUGUGACGGAGCCCUCUUAAAUGUGCAGCUGAGAUAUGUGAUCGUCCAUCUUUUCAUGCUGUGCUGAGCUAUUCCGCUAUUCAAGUAGCUGUGAGGUGUUACAAUUCAGUAAUACCAAGGCAAAUUAACAUUACUAUCAUUCUGCAUUUUUUACAUGAGUGUGGUAGCUUGGGGGUGGUGGAAAAAAAAUGAGGGGAAGACUAGCACAACAUUCUUUGUUGUGCAACUUUGCAGCAAGGUAAGCAUGCAUGUGACAACAACAAUGCAGUGGUGUUCAUGUGAUGCAGGUGCUAGAAUGCUCUCUAAAAUGUCGCAAGCAGUAUUUUGAAUUGGGUGACGGAACCUUAAGUAUGCAAAUUGUCAAGCAACAAAGAAGUAGAGAGACAAGGCUCAGACUUGUCUGUCUACUACUUGGUUGUUGCUUGUCUGCUGCCUCUAGGCUAUGUGGCUAAAAUCACACACUUUAUGUCUGCACGCAACUAUGAAAAAAGAGAAAAGAAAAAAAAGAGAAAAAAUUGGUGGCAUGCAUCUAUGAUGAAAAUCUUGAAUUUGCUGUGCUAGCAGAAAGACACAGACGGACCACAGCAUACAGAUGCCGCCCGCAGAUGACACCUUGCACAACAUGCAGUCCCUCCUGUUGGCAUAAAAGCAAAUAAUAUAUGGCUUUUUAUGUACUACGACAGGACUUUCUGACACUACCCAUGAACAAACCUUGUUUGCAGUCGUUGUUUGAUACCAUUGCUGCACAUUCAAAAAUCAUUAUAUACACAUUCCUGAUUACUCUAGAAUGAGACCACCUUUCCACUUGAAAAAUGGCAGUCAGUACAUCCUAUACUAGAAAGUAUGCAGGAGGUUCAUGCGGCAAGGAAGUACUUUGUGAUUCUAACUGUCAACCAGUGUAGCGCACAUUUCUGGGUAAAGGACAAAUGAAUGGAUGUCAAAUAAAAGUGCAGCUUUUGCAAGUACUAUCCUUGUGCCCGGAAAAGAGAGAUAUGAAUUUAAAAUGUAAGAGCUAUAAUCCUACAAAGUCAGGUACAGUACAAUGCACAAGUGAGCUGAUGACAUAGGUCCAUAACGAAAAAUUCUAAGAUUAGGGACGGCAAGGAAAAUGUACACAAACAAGGUCUGAAAUGCAACUGAGAAGUUGAUUUGACAGAUGAGAAAUUUACACAGAAUGGAAGAAUCCAAGUGGGCCAGAAAGGGAAAGCCAUUAUCUCCCCCACAGCUGGACCAAAGGUCACAGAAGACUUGCUGACAGAGUUCCCACAAGAGGAGAGAAAGUCUCCCUCAAAAGCAUGCUCAAAAGCCUAUUCUAGUCAGCCUCUCUGGCCUUCACCAUUGUCUCAUGCCACAAGGGAAUGUAGCUCUUGCAAUCAUCCAAGUGUGUUACCACUUUAGAAGCGUGAUCAUUAUUUUUUACAUGUAAAGCUUGCUUUUGUGUGCGGUCAUUUAAACAUCUCUUGCUUUGGCCAAUGUAACACAACCCACAGACCAAUGGCAGCUUGUACAGACUAUUUGAUUGACACAUAAUGAACUUGUAACUUUUCCAAAUGGUGUAAACAUAUCAAGUCAGAAAUUUUGUUUUCAAACAAGGUUAAUGUCAAGCUUACUAGCCAUUGCCAUAAAGUUUUGUAAUGUAGGGAAUUACAGUACUAGUUCAUUUAACUGACUUGUCACUUGGGUCCUUGCAAGCCAUUUUGCCUCUGAUCGUUUUAGGCUGUGAGGUAACACUUGAUCAGGGUAACUAGCUUACAGAACCAUGAAAUUGACGUAGGCAUGAGGUUGUUUGGACGUAAGCCCAGAUUACUCCCUAUUUAACAGGGUUUUAGUGACAACCAAUAGCCGGCAAGAUGAGGUUCAGGUUCAGCUUACAGUAACUGAAGACAGUCUAACGUCCGGCAGUAGACAUCUGUGCUCGAGCUGUAAAAACUUGCACCGGCUACAAAACAAAUUAAAACCAGUGAUGUUUUGAAGCCUAUUCGAGCUUCUAUAUCAGAAACUCAGAUGAUGAAGCCCGAAUCGGCUUCAAAAGAUCAGGGGUUUCAUUUUGUUGUGCCUUAUUGUGCAAGUUUUUACAAAUCGAAUUUACAGUAACUUCAACAUAGUGAAGGAUGCAACAAGAGCAUCGAGGAAAUGAGGAUAGCGUUUGUAGAGAGCUCGAGCAGUAAAAGAUGGCUCAAGUGCGGAAGACCUAAUAGACAUUCACAAUCGUAGAUAAUGCUUUUAUCCUGUGACAGUAAUAAUAAAUCAUCGACAAACCUUUUCACAAGAACAGAGAUAGGUGGAAGGCUGAUAUAUAGGACAUAACAGCAAAGUCAACAGUGCUCACUUAAAUUUCAAGCAAGAUAGACACAAUGGAAAUUAAAGUAAGCACGUACAGGCGGGCCAGAGGAGAGGAGACACACACACCAAACGCUGUAUAAACAGUUUACCAUGAACUGUGUCAACGAGGCUUCUGUGACCUUCGGUUCAGCUUUGGGAAAGCAGAUGUCUGCGCAAGUAAAUUCCUCAGCUGUGGCUGAGACCUUGGUCAUGGACAUUUUUCCUGUUGUCCCUAGUCUCGCUUUCUUUCUUUUUCUUUUUUUGUUAUGGACAAGUUAGAGUCGCAUCAAGUUAUUUUUCCAAGAUUUAAAGCAAAUGUCUCAUUUGAAGAAAGUUGUGGAGUCCAGUGAGAUGAAAUGUGUCCCCAGUAGACACGACAGUGAAAUGAUACACAAUGUUUGUGACCCAGAUACAGUGGUGACUAUGUACGUAAUAGGACACAUUCUUUGACUGCCGUCCACAAAUUUGACACUCAGUCUCACACACAGUCGCCGCCUGCCAUUUACUUUCCCUUCCUCAGUUUUCCCUUCUAUGCAUUCUCAGAGUCAUUAUUCCACGUGUAGAAGACAAGGGGUGAAAUAAGGGUCCGUGACACAGAUCAGACCUUCUGACAGAAAAUGAUUAUUAAGAGAAUGAUUUUGCACAUAUUCACUGCCACAAAACAAUAGACUAUAUGUGCUUACUUCUUACGAACCUAUUUUGUCAACUCUGGUAGGUCUUGCCAUCUCAAGAGUGUCGGCUGAUUCACCAACCCGUUGGUUGGGUGUAUUUUGUUGGCUCUGUCUGAUGAGUAUACCGUAUACCGACCUUUUGCCGAGUAGUGUUGGUGGCGAGUCUGGGACCCCGGGUUGCUGUCAGGGUUCAGGCAUAUUUGAGUCUCUAACACCUAAUGAGGCCUGGAACAUUCCUUUGUGCAUCCACGACUGAGUGGUUUGUGCCCAUAGAGACUGACUGUAGCAUUAUAUGGUGAAGGUAUUGGUAGCAUGAAAAUUUACUUGACUCCAAAUUGCUAACUUUAUGCUGAAACAUUAUUUUUGAGCCGCGAUCAUUUUCAACUUACAAAAGACAUACAAUAUACAUAAGAAUGGCACAAAAGCUUUUAAAGACAAUCUUUAGAUGUACUGAUUCUACAUGGAGACCCUGCCCGAUAGCUGUUGCAAUGCUAGCUUCUGAGUAAGUAGAAGGAAAGGGACAAUAGAAAUGGUGUGUUUAGUUCACGUAGGGAACCCUCUGCAUCUGAAUGGAUCGCAUGUACCCAGCGGCCUCUCUUCCUAAUUGCCAUCUAGUAGUAUUAUGAAAUCUAAUAUCGUAAUGAGCAAAAGUAUGGCAAAGUAUUAAUGCCUUCCUGUUUCCACAAAAGCCACAGAUAGUAUUCAUCUUCCAUGUCUGUGAUUACAAAGGCACAUGACCCUUCUGAUUUGUUGCUUGAUUAGUGAGAAACAACUAAUGGCACAUUUCGUUAACCAAUAAAAACAACAAAAUCAGGGCACACCCCCUCUUUUUAUGAAAAGAGGCUUGGCUAGUAGGAUCUUUUCCUGUUGCAAAUUUAUCCUGUAAAAGCUUUACGCUGCUUCACACCGAAGAAAAAGUAGCAGCACCGUCAAAGGAACAGUAACAUGACCACAUUUAUUUAUUUGCAAUACUGUUAGUCCGUAAGGACCGUUAAAAAGGGGGGGGGGGGGUAAUAGUCAUAGCACACACUGACACAAGAUUAACUCAGGAAUUUAGGACGCGACUGUAAGGCAUGUGUAAGUACAAUACAAUACACUUCUACAAUAUUAAUGGCAAAUAUUAUCCCAUAUGGCUAAAAUGGUUCAUAAAGGUGGCAAAAUCGUCCGAAUCUACAACAUACUGUGUCGGCCUAUUCCAUGCGUCAACAACAUCCGGCAAAAAACGAGUACUUGAACACAUCUAUGUUUGCGCUGUAGGGUUUGACAUACGUGGAAUGGGGAGGAAAUAUGGGGCAGCUACAAACAUGGCAUUGUGUGUGUGCUGUUGAUAAACAAGUUUGGCAUAUUUUCUGGCCACCUGUAGCCUCACAGAGUUUGUUAGGAGGUGAAGGAGCUAUACACAUGGAAAAUUGUUUUUAGAGAACUGCUUGGAGUGAAGCCACACUUAUUGGGCACCUCAUUUUUAGGGAAAUAAUGUAUUCAUUUACCUUAAGCCUCAUUUUAAAAUAUUGGAGCAAAAAAAGUUUGUAAGAAAUACAAUAACUCAUAAGAGGCAAUUUUAAUAUGAACGUACCCUUCAUGCUGUUUGCACAAGGAGAAUUGUCCAGCACUCUCGCCAUUAUCACACCGGAAAUUUUCAGACUUUGCAUGGGAAUGCAGAAAGAAAAAUUCUGUGCUAUUGCUACCACUUUUACUUGACUAACACAAUGGAAAGCUAUUACUAUAACAACAUGUCAACUUCUCAGCGUUCACCUGUCGACCAACAUCACCUCUGAACAGAGCAACUUGCCUCUCGCUGACUAAUGUGAUCAAAGUUUGAUGCGUAUCUCAUGCAUGUUCAUAUGCUGUCCUGCCAAAGUAUUUUACAUUGUGGAUCAUGUAAAUUAAUGUAAGAUUGCUACAUAAAAUACUACUACAGCUUACUUUAAUUUCAUACUACAUUAGCCAACAACAGUUGAAACUGCAUCAGUCUGCACAUAAUCCAUUCACGGUGGAAAUUUUCUUCGAUUUGAGUGCAUGUGACUUCAAGAACCAGCGAAAUAGAAUGUGUAGUUAGAAUUCUAUACAGAACUGUAUAAUUUAUUUAUUGUUAUGUAUGAUGUAAUAUAUGAAACAUGUUUCUGUGUAGCGAGAAAAUAAACUAUUAAGCCCUUCUA